AUGUUCUCCAAGGAGCUUGUGGGCCGAGCUUUCCAAUUCAUGGAAGAAGGGAUCGCCCAUCCUCGUUACAGUGCCGCUGAAUGCAGGCACAAAAUUCGUGGUCUGAUGUGCGAGGCCGGUGAAGGUAAACUGCUGGAAUCGCUGGCACUGAAGGGGGCCGUCAUUCCCCCACAGAGUGACUGCCACGGGGGGGACGAGAGUGAUAGCGACCAGGGAGUUGAAGAGAUAAAGGAGCCAACCAUUCAGGAUGUGGCGGCGGAGCAGUGUUGUCAUGCUGCACAGCUCAAGUGCCUGCAAGAAGACAUGGAAUCUCUCAAAGACGCCGUUUACAAUGGAGAAAAGGGGCUCGACAAGGUGACGCAGACGCUAUCGUCACUCUUCACGUCCUUCCAGCAGAUGGCUGCCAAGAUAGGGUUCAAGCAGCCGUCGUGUGGCCUGGAGAAUCUUAACGGCGACGAACCGACCGCCUCUACCGCUGCAGCCCCUCCGCCCCAUAGUACGGCCGGAGCAUCAUUUGAAGCUCCCGUCGCCAUGGGCGGCGUUCCCCAUGCUACCACAUCCGGCCCGUCACAUGCGCGUGCAACAAUUGAAGCGACGACGCCAGGUUAUGGCCAAGGCCAGGGAGCCACACCCGGUGCACUAAAGACCGCGGCGGGUCACUCUAGUCUCGCGGCCGUCCCUUCUGGCACCACGCAUGGUGCACCUGAUGGUGCUCUUCCAUCUGCUCCAGGGCAGCUACGUGCCUCUGCCGGUGCUUGGGCGGCUGGGGUUGGACAGCCAGGUGCAAGAGCGGUAAUACCAGCAUCGGCAGGAACUCUGCCAGGUGUAGUUCCCGCAGCUGCUGCAGGACAGACGGGCGCAGCGGGCGGUGUACAGUUUGCACCGACUGGUCAUACAGGUGCAGCAGCCGGGGUUCCUAUCGCCUCUACGGGUCAGACCGGUGCAGCCGCCAGUUCACCAACUGCAGCCGCGGGUCAUGGAGGUCCAGCAACCAGUGUUCCUUCAGCAUCGGCCGGUCACGCUACGGCAUCAGUCGGUGUUCCGUCUGGCUCUGCGGGUUUAGGGUGUGCAGCGGCCAAUCUUCAUGCUUCUGCCGCGGCGUCUGGAUCCGCCGGAACAAGUACAGCAGCGACUGGUCAGCGUCUUGCAGGCCAUGGUGUUCCGUCAGUGCCCGAGUCACAGACAGGUGCUGUAGGCGUUGCACCGACGCCUGCUCAUGCUGUGAAAGACGCGACCAUGAUGCAUCCAGUGUCAUACGCGCCCGGUACGACUCUUUGGGCCCGUGGCGUAGAGGCACGGGCUCAAGCAGCUUCGGGGAGGCCUUUCGAAGCAGCUGUGGAUCAGCCCCGAAACGACGCCUGGGACCUAGUGGGACCCCCGACGGCUCUCACCAUGUUUCACCGAGGUGUCCAACUCCAUGGAGCACACGGGUCGGAUGCGGCGGCAAACACUGCAAGGGCAUCUGCUCCUCAAAGGGGUUCGUCUGUAUGGUCAUCUGGGGAACAGUUUUUCGCCCCUUCUGCCUUUCCCCCAGGUGCGCAUAUGCAGGGUGUACCCGCCCCAUCUCCGGUGGGGUUUGCGCAGCAUCCAGGUGCUGUUCCGCCGGCCUCCUCAGCAUCCGCCGCACAUUCAUGGCCGAUUGGCCAUGCACAAGCCCCUGCCCACGCCGUAUGCCCCGGUUCUGGGCAGCCUAACGACUUCGUGCAACUGCCCCUGUCUACCCUUCGUCCCCCGCUGCAUCAGCCUGCUAAAUUCCUCGCCGCUGAUGAGGUGCUCGACAAUACCAGCUGCCACCGUGGUCAAACAUCCGAGUCCCGUGGUUUUGGUUUGUCGACCAUGCUCGUCGGUUCCAUACAGGGGUCCCAACAAGUACUGCCCUCGCCUGCAGUCUCAUCGUCCAUGGUGCCCACGACCCAGGGAGCGGGGAACGGUGAGGUGCCCAGCACCAAGGGGUGGACGGGCGUCACAAAGAAGGAGGACAAGGACGAGUGGAUCGGUCGGAUCAUCCUAGACCGUGCAUCAACGUCGCUGAUCGUCAUCAACAGCCACUUUGAGUCUGAGGAGGCGGCGGCAAGGUCAAUAGCUGCUGCGUCCCACGUGAUGUUCGUUGACAAGCCAACACGUGGGGACCUCAUUCCCUUGAUAGCCGCCGACAAGGACAAGCUCAGAGGGUGCACGGUGCACCAGUAUCGAAGAAAAGAGGGCUGCGAUAAAGGCCAGCCUGGGGGAGGAUGA